AUGGCUUCUAACACUCUCUCUUUUCUCCCAAUUUCGAUCUCCACCUCUCGAAUUUGCAAUGACAAACCCCACAAUUCUUCACUAUUAUCAUUCCCUUUAAGCUCCUUUUAUGGUAACAAGCUAUUGAUUUCACACUCAAAGUUGAGAACUUUAGCUCUUAAGUGCAAUAAUCCAUCAAGGAUUGUGACAGUUUUAUCUACUCUACCGACCAAGAAAUACACAUCUCAGAAGAUACCAAAAUGGUCAGCAAGAGCAAUAAGGUCAUUUGGGUUAGGAGAAUUGGAGGCGAGGAAGCUGAAGUAUCCUAAUACAGGAACCGAAGCACUUUUAAUGGGGAUUUUGAUCGAAGGGACAAGUCCAGCUGCAAAGUUUUUGAGGGCUAAUGGAAUUACUUUUUUCAAAGUCAGAGAAGAAAUUGUGAAUUUACUUGGGAAAUCUGAAAUGUAUUUUUUCAGCCCCGAGCAUCCUCCAUUGACUGAACAGGCUCAAAGAGCACUUGAUUGGGCUAUUGAGGAGAAACUAAAGUCAGGUGAUAGUGGAGAAAUUACCACAACUCAUAUACUUCUGGGGAUUUGGUCAGAAAAAGAAUCUGCAGGUCGCCAGAUAUUGGAAACUCUAGGUUUUAAUGAUGAUAAAGCUAAAGAACUCGCAAGAUCUAUGAACGGAGACGUUGCCAUGAGCUUUAAGGUUUUGUCGAAUCCAAAUUCUCAGGCACAAGAGUUGUUGCCGUUUAGCUCAUCGGCUGUGAAUGAAUUCAUUGAACUGCAAUAG